AUGACAAAUUCUUCAUCUACGAAGCAAAAAACUUACUCAAUCAAGUCAUUGUUGGAUCUUCCAAUAAUCGAAGUCGUUGAUGAUACUGAAGAACAUUUAUCAUAUUCGAAUGCAUCUUCGUAUACUCAAGUUUUAUCAUCAACACAAGAUCACAGUCAUGAGAAUGAUCAGUAUGCUCAACAAGUCAUUCUGAAGACAAUCAUGUCGCAUUUGAGCUCAUCCACAACGGCGGAAGUUUCUAAAUGGAAUGUAUACCGUGAUUUUCAUGAAAAAUUUUCAUUGAGCACAUCUCCCAGUGUGUACCGAAAUUUCGAACGAAUUAUUCUUUAA